AUGUUUUGCAGCGCAGCUAGGUGUGUGCGCGGUGAUGUCGCUAUGGAGAUGGUGGUGCCGUUGGCGGUGGUGUUGCUAGCCGUGAGCGCGGCGCCGAACGCGACGCGACGCCGCCCUGACGAGCUGCCCGACGAGCCGGUGUUGCCAGACGAUGAUGAUGAGAUCAACCACAGGCUUGACUACUAUGAUGAAGAGAGGUUUAAUAUAUCAGGUCAGUUUGUACACCUUACAAGUGCAUUUUAG